AUGCGGUUGUCCUGGCACAAGUCAUGGCAAAAGGAUUCAUGCUUGUCAUCGGUGCAGAUCAUUGACGACUUUCUGCAGGAAGGUGAGGCAUCGAGAAUCCUGGAGAAGGUCCGUGUGUCCGAACCGCUCAUUGAUCAAGCUUCCGUUGUGCAACGCAUCCGUCAAGCGAUGGAUACCCCCGAGCCGGCGGGCGUUGGACUCGGUGGAUCUGUGAUCCCAUCAAGGAUCGCAACCGGCGAUGUGUCUGAGCACCAAGACAAUGAUGGCGAGGCUGUGACCAACAGCUCAUCUGCAGUGAUCUAUCUCGAGUCGGCGCCCGAUGGAGGAAGCCUUGGCAAGCUUAUCUUCAAGGAGAAGAAGAUGUUUUGCUCCGAGUCUGAAGUCGAGAUGCAAGUGGAGGCGAUUGGAAAGCGACUCGUCUCAUGGGACAACGAUGCGUGCCUACACAGCUUCCAUGCUCGUCAUGAGGGCUCUCGCCACCUCCUCGGCCCCCUGACCUUGAGUCCUCUUGGAAGCAUGGUGGGCAUGCAGCAUGAAAGCGAUCUCGGGAGCGGUAGCGAUGCCUACCGCGUUCCAAGCUUUUGCGAGAGCACGUAUAAGGAGAUGUGCUUCAUCAACACAUCGCUGUUCCACCUCGCGCACCUCAUCACCAAGAUCUCGUCAGGUGGCAUCGAGCGGGGCAACCUCUCCGACUUCCGAAAUUCAAAGGUCACAAUGCUGCUUUCACAGGCGCUGCAGGGCAACUCCCGCACGGCUGUGGUGGCCACGCUGUCGCCCUGCCAGUCAGCCUUCGAAGAUUCGCUGUCAACUCUGAAUUUCGCGGCCUCGGCCAAGAAGAUCCAGACCAAGCCGGUGGUGAACUCCAAGUCGGUUGAGGAGAAGCUGGUGGAAUUGGAAAAUGAGGUCCACAGCUUGCAGAUGGAGCUGGCGCAGAGCAAGACGAGCAACAUUGACAAGGAGUCCGAGCUACUUUCGGCCCAAUCCUGGAUCAACUACUACAAGCGUUCCUGGGAAGAGGCGUGCCAGCGGUCGGAGCAGUCGAAACUGGGGGUGGCUCUUGCUCGCGCGGGUGCGUAUUGCUUUGGAGGCGUGCUCGCCCUCUUCGUCUGGGUGGGCUUCAAGGUGCACGAGGCUGCCUCGGCCAAUGCUCUGGGCCAGGGCUUCCUGGAACCCGACGAUCUUCCAGGUGGAGACGUGUCCUUUUCCAGCCGGGGCGAUGAGCCCAAUAUUGCGGAGGCGAUGCACCGACUCUGGGGCUCUGCGACUUGGCCUCCAGCAGGCAAGGCGCCCAGGCCUCCGCCGGCCGCGACAGGGGGAGGCCUUGGCUUUGGAGUGGGGCUGCUGACCUUCCUCCUCUGCGCCGGCGUUGGCCUCACCCUGACGCUUCGCACCCCCCACGGUGGCGAAAACGCGAAGUUCCUCUUACAGUUCCAGGCGCUCGUCUAUGCCAUUUCAUGGCGCCACACGCAUCAGCGAUCCAUCGUGAUGCACUCGAUUCGUAUAGCCAUCCCGGCACUCAUGUUGAUGAUGAUCAACAGGAUGCAGAGCUGGCUGCUCGAGCAGAUUGGGCACCACGACUCCCAGCAGCUUCUUCAGAUGACCGGGUUGACUCCAAAGCACGUCGUGGACGGGGUGGUGGAGUACACCCUCUCGCUGGCCAUGGUUUACGUGGUCAUGGUGUCCAUGCUCUUCUUCGUCUGGCACGUGGCCGCAGAGAAGCAGUCGGGCUUCCGACACCUGCUACAUGUCAGUGGGCUCUCGCGUGGAGCGUAUAUGCUUGCGACGGCCGGGGCAGAUGGUGUGCUUCAGGCCUCCCUGGGCAUGCUACUCAUGGUCUUCAUCGCGGGCACACUCCUCGAGGUGCGGCUUGUCCUCUGGACGUCCCCAGUCGUGCUUUUCGUUUCCUUGCUUGCAAUGGCAGCCUCGGGCACAACGAUCGGCUACCUCAUCUGCCUCGUGUGCCCCAGCACCCGUCUGGCAAGCAGCGCGGCCCAGUUUGUCCUCGCCUGGGUGAUCUUCUUUGCGCCAGCGGCGCCGGCAGCUACCGUAGUGCCGGCGGCGGGCAAGCAGACCUGGACGGCGCUGUUCCUUCCGGUCAUUUCGGCCCAUCGGGCAACAUUCGAGCUGACUGCUGCCUGUGUCAAGGGCCGUUGCUUUGCAGCUCAAGAUGUGAGGGAAGCCUUCAUGACGGGGAGAUGGGCCGGCCCAUUUACAAUGCUCUUCGGGGCCCAGAAUGGACCUGAGAUCGACAUGACUCCGGCGGAGGCAUUCAUCAGCUUCCUUGGCAUGGCCUUGGUGCAGAUCGCAAUCGGAGUCCUUCUCAUCACCAUCCUGGACAGGCGCCAGUGUCCCGUUCUGAGCGAGACAGGUAGGGGGCAGCUGCCGCCAGAGACCAGUGCCCCGGACACGCUGCUGGAAGUCAAAGGCCUGAUGCACAGUUAUGGCUGGCUUCCAUCGAGAUCGUCACCAGAAACCUUCACACUUCACGGUGUGAGCUUCAAGAUCGAUCGGGGCGAGACGCUGGGACUGCUGGGGCCAAACGGCGCAGGCAAAACCACGGCCAUCCGAUGCAUCACCGGCGAGGAGGGCCCGCAAAAAGGUUCCGUGAGCAUUGGUGCUGAGGCAGGUGGGGCCUGCAUAGGCCUCUGCCCGCAGGAGACGGUGAUCAACGGUGAUCUGACCGUGGCUGAGAAUUUGCUCUUCUUUGCCUAUGUGCGAGGCGCCCAGGGCGAUCGAGCCCAGCGUUGUGUCGCUGAGAUUCUCCGGGCCACGAGGCUCGAGGAGAAGCAGAGGGACCUGCCCGACGCGCUGAGUGGCGGCAUGCGCCGGCGGCUGGCUGUAGGCUGUGCCAUGAUCGCCACACCAUCUGUGGUGGUUCUUGAUGAGCCGACUACCGGGCUCGACCCUGUCAGCCGGCGCGGCAUUUGGCAGACUAUCGCGGAGGUGAAGCAGGCUGGUGGCUGCUGCCUGCUUACAACACACAUGUCCGAAAGUUGGAGGAGGCCGAGUAUCUCUCAAGCCACAUCGCCCGCACCUCGUGGAAGCAUGCAUGGUCCAGUCAUUCUUCGCAGAGGUGUGGUGGCCGCCGAGGGCUCUGUUCAGGCCCUGAAGAACGAGUGGGGCCAAGGAUACAUGUUAAGUAUUGACAGCGAGGAGUCGAAGGAGGCGGAGGCCCAGCAGUUUGUUUCCUCUUUGCUGGAUGCCUCAGACCGGACGCCUGUGAAGUCGCAGAGGCAUGGGCAGGCGACAUACAAGUUCUCAAAAGACGAGGAGUCCCUUGGCCAUCUCAUCAUCGACAUCGCCCGUGGCAAGGCGAAGCACGGCAUCCGGCAUUGGGGUAUCUCCCAGGCCUCUCUAGAGGACGCUUACGUGCGCAUCAUCCAGCAAGACUAG